GCGGCGUCCUGGCUGUGUUGAUGGUUGCACGCACGUGUUGUUUCUGUCUACAUCGGUACCUUUGACCCAAACAGACGGAGUCAGUUCAUCAGAACCAGCCAGGGAGUAUCGGACAAAUCUUGGAGACUUCCUGCAGCCAUGGGCCCGCUCCGCUCAAAGAAGCGCCGGCCAACAUUUCGUCGGCUGUUGAAGACUAGUGGUAUGAAACUUGAAAACAAACUGAAGAGCCGACAGCAGAAGCAGCAAAAUGUGGCCAAGAAACAACGCAAGGAGCAGAAGAGGCUGCGGCAGGCCAUGAAAGGUGCUGCGCUUCAGGUGCCCCAGGUGCUGGAGACAUACAGAAAGAGACCAGAGGAAGAGAAUGAAGAGGAGGAGUUCCUGGAGACCCUGCCCUCGGACAUGAUGGAUGAAGAAGACUUAAAGGAAAUGACUGCCAUGGCCAGAAAAGCAUCCUUCAUAACCAGAGAUCUGUCGUCCUGCGGGUCGGUGCAUAGCAGCAAGAGGAAGAACGCUGAUGUGGUGCGCAGCUACGAGAAGAUUCCAAGAAAGAUGGCAAAGAUGCAGGAGAAAGAGGUGAUCCAACUCCUUCCAAUCAAAGAUAAAGACAGAGUGAUUCCGAGGAGCAUCGAAAGAGCGGUUAAACAACAUCAGGAGGAGGAAGAGGAGGAGGAGCUUGCAGGGAUGCCAGAGCAGGAGGAAGACGAUGGAGAGCCACCGAGCUACAAGGAGCUGACACCAGAGGAAAGAGAACAAUUUAGAAUUCAGACAUUAAACAUAAAGAAACAGCGCAUCGCCAGCAUGGCUUCAGCCAUCAUCUCAGAUCCAUUAAACAAUAUGAAGCGUGUGAAAGAACUGCGGGGGAUGAUGAUGGAGGUUGACCCCAGCGUGGCGGUCUCAGUGAGGAAAAUGGUGAUGGUUUCUCUCAUGGAGGUCUUCAAAGACAUCGCCCCCACCUACAGGAUACGACCCCUGACCUCUGCAGAGAAGAACACCAAGGUGAAGAAAGAGACGCAGCAGCUUAGAGAGUUUGAGGAAAGUCUUGUCAGUCAGUACAAGUUCUAUCUGGAGGAUUUGGAACAGACGAUUAAAGACUGGAAGCAGAAGAAGAGGAAACGCAGUCAGGUAGUGAGCUUCCAGUCAUACCGUGGCCUGGCUGAGGUCUCAGUUCGUUGCCUGUGUGAGCUGCUGCUCUCUAUGCCACACUUCAACUUCCACAACAACAUCAUUGUCAUCUUGGUUCCUCUGAUGAAUGACCCCCUCAAGAAGGUGUCAGACAUGUGCUGUGAUGCAUUCAGGAAGCUCUUUCAGGAAGACAGAGUAGGCGGGGCAUCACUGGCCACAGUGCGGGUCAUCUCUGGCCUCACCAAAAGCCUCAACUACAAUGUCAGACCUGAGAUGCUUCGAACUUUGCUGAAUCUGAGGAUCAAGGAGGUGGAGAUGAAGAAGGACCUGGAGGCCACAGCACCAAAGACCAAGUUUAUGACAAACAAAGAGAAGAAGAAAAACUUAUCCAGGAUGCAGAGGAAGUGGAAGAAAGCAGAAGAGAAGCUGGAAAAGGAGCUUCUAGAGGCUGAAGCUUCAGAAAGCAAAGAGAAGAAGACCAAACUGCACACAGAGACUCUAAACAUCGUCUUCCUCAUCUACUUCAGGAUUCUGAAGAAAGCUCAGCGCUCAGUUCUCCUCUCUGCUGUCCUGGAAGGACUGGCUAAUUUUGCUCACCUGAUCAACCUGGAAUUCUUUGAUGACCUGCUGAAUGUGCUGCAGAACCUCAUCCAAUCAGGAAAUCUGACCAAUCGGGAGAGUCUCCACUGCAUCCAGACAGUUUUUACCAUCCUGUCUGGACAAGGUGACGCCCUGAACAUCGAUCCUCUAAACUUCUACUCUCAGCUUUACAAAAUUCUGCUUUUUCUUCACAUUUUGGCUAUCUCAGGGGCACCCAAUAAUGACAUCAUCAUUGUGCUGCGGUGUCUGGACGCCAUGCUGACUCGUCGCAGAAAGCAGGUAACCCUGCAGAGAGCCAUGGCCUUCUUCAAACGACUGAGUGUGCUCAGUCUACACGUCCUGCCCAAUGCCAGCAUUGGAAUUCUUGCAGCAAACCGAGCUACCAUGCACUCAUUCCCCAAAUGCGACUUCCUUUUGGAUAACGAAAUUCAGGGCAGUGGCUUCUACCUGAUGGAAUUAGAUGAACCUGAAUAUUGCAAUGCUCAGAACACUGCACUCUGGGAGCUCCACACACUGCAGAGACAUUUCCACCCGGUUGUACGGCGGUUUGCGGGUUAUUUGAGUCAUGGAGCGCCGAGUGAUGGCUCGGCAGCACUCAGUAUGGAGCUCAGCCGCAGGUCUCCACUGGAGCUGUUUGAAGACUACAGUGUCAAAGAUAUGACCUUUAACCCUCCUGUGGCUUCACCCACAUCCAAGAAGAAGGAUCAGUUUGUGGUCGGAACGGCGCUGCUAGAUGACAGGCUGCAGAAACAAGCAGAUAGCAUCCUGAGUGAUACACGCAUGGACUUCACUGCAACACGCCUCUGAGACGCUUACACUCUCACAUCGAGGAUCUGCUUAAAAAGAUAAACAGAUUCCUUUUUAUUCAAAACAGCUUGAGGUGGCGUAGAACAGGACACAUGACCUGGAGUUGCUUUGUGAUUGAGACUGUUGAAACCUAUAGCACAUAACAGUGGUGAAGUAAAAUAUUCCCAGCACAUCUCUGGUCUUACAAGUCUUACAAGAUCAUUUUCAUGUUUCAAACCGGACUAAUAAAAGUACCCAUCAACCAGUUUCUUUGUGUUUCCUGAAGAAAAGACGCGGCUCAGAGGAGAGACACUUUAUGGUCCUGAAAAUAUCCAGUUUUAGUUGUAAAGUUCCUUCCAGCAAACUUGUUACUUUACCUAGUCGGUGCCUCCACAUUGUCUCUGCCUUUAAAAUGUUCUGCUUUUCUUCAAACACUCACUUUUAACUUUACAGGGAUGGAAAGUUACAGCAUUGUUUUCAGGAUUUAUUCCUGAAAUACAUCCAACCAAAGAACAUGUUUAGAUUAUGAGUCUGACUUCCACUCCUGAAGCUGGUUUCUUAAAGCUUGUUCAGACAGAUUCUUGUUUGUCUUUCAUUUUUGUUGCUAAGUUUCUUUUUUUAUCUAGCAAACUGAGUUGCAUUUCAUGUUCUUUCACAGGUGCAGUGUUUGUUUGCCAUCAUAUGUUUCAGCUGGCAGUCCUCUGCUUGGAGUUAUGUUUUAUUUCUUUUAACGUCUCACAGUUUAAUGCUUCAUAGCAUUAAACUGAAUUCAGAUUAAAAAAAAAUUAACUCUCUUAAAGUGAUUCUGUUUUUAUUUUUUGGCUAAUUAGAAUAUGUUUUCACAAUUUUGUGUGUUGAGUAUUAUAUUUCCUCGCUCCUAAAUGUUCCACAGUCAACUGUGAGACUCAUGUUGUAAGAAAAUGGAAGUGUUUGGUAACGACAGUAACUCAGCCUGGUAGGGAAUGCAAACUGAUGGAGCUGAUGCUGAAGCACAUAGUGUGAAGAGGUCGGCAACUUUCUGCAGUCAAGGUUGGCUACAUGAAGGCUAAAUGUGACCUUCAGAUUAGCUCAAGAACAAUGCACAAAGAGCUAUUAUUAUUAUUAGAGUAGCGACAGUAAAACAGGCAGGGACUUAAGGCGAGCUUACUGGGAAUUCCUCGUUGAUGGGAGGAAUUUUAGGAUUCAUUCAUUUAUCAUUUCUAAUGAACACCAAGGUCACCUGGGCUCCAUCUGUGUGUUCAGUGACUGUUGGAGCAGGUUUUAACAGCUGCUGUAACUAUUGUGCAGAAAAUGCAGAAAAUUUAGCCAUUUUCUGCAUUUUUUUUUAUUCAGGCAUACUAAGUCCAUUGGUAUUGGACUUAGUAUGAAUGUGCUGAAGAUUUCAAUCUUGUUCAUUAUCCUGGAUGUUACAUUAAACAAGGUUAAUAAAUACUAGUAUGUUAAUGGAAUCAAUAAAACAACAAAUUAAUAUGAAGUUGGAAAAGUAUUGUCUAUUUGGCUAUUGUGGCUCUAACAUUAACGCUACACUCUGCCUCCUUCAGAGGAAGCAAAUUGCAUCAGCCCACAGUGUAUGUUAAGAUGCUUUGUCCCAGAAAUGUUUUCAUUUCUUUCUUGCAAAAAUUAUCUGCUGAUCUAAUUGCUAUUCAUCUGCUUAACCUUAUAAACCUCAGCAUGACCCAUUGAGCAAUCAUACAAUAAUAUUUGUAUGUAAGAAAGAUUGAAAUGAGGACUUAGUCCUGAUCUCAGUACUAAAUGUUACUUUUAUUCCAACAGAAAUUUAAAUAAAAUGAAAACAAUA